AUGGCCGCACCUGCAGUUGUCAACUGCGAAGUCUUUGCAACGCGACUCUCUGAUCCAGCUCUGGAUGUGAAGCUGAAGGUCAAGAUCGCCUCCGAGCUGAGGGACUCGGUGGAGAUCUUUCAAUCCGUGGAAUAUGCGCGCUUCCUCUCGAUCCUGAUGCCAGUCUUUACAGAUAUUCUCAUGAACGGACAACCCGUCUUUGCCAGCAACGCCCCCGAGCAGAAACUGCGAAGCACAAUUCUGGAGAUCUUGCAUCGGUUCCCUCACAACGACUCUUUCCGCGCAUACGCCCCAGAACUGCUGAAGCUGUUGAUGCACCUCCUCAGGGUGGAAAACGAAGACAACGCAGUGACAUGUUUAAAGACCAUCAUCGAUCUGCAUCGGUCUUACAAGCAAAUUCUGGAGAGCCAAGUUCAACCAUUCAUCGACAUUGUGCAGGAGAUGUAUCGCAACAUGGAACAGACCGUCAAGGAUCAGUUCGACAACCCAGGAACUCCAUUGGGCCAAACGCCUGGUGGACCAUCUGCUCUUACAUCUCCACGGCCAGUGUCGCCGGCUUCGGAACUCUCUGAUCAACCUUCUAAAAUCCUGGCCAAGAGUUUGUUCAGUUUCAAGGUCUUGACUGAGUGUCCGAUCAUUGUUGUUUUACUCUUCCAGACCCAUCGUCAAUUCGUCAACCCCAACAUUGCCACAUUCGUUCCCUUGAUCAUUCAGACUUUGGGAUUACAGGCCAGUCAGCAGGCAGAGGCGCAGAGGUUGGCGAGUGCACAUGGCGAGGUGUUUGUGGGAGUCAGUCCGGCGAUUCGUAACAGGACCGUUUACACGGAAUUCAUUGUAGCACAAGUCAAGACAAUGUCUUUUCUUGCAUAUAUCCUUCGUGGAUCAGCCAACGUAUUACGGCCUCACCAGAACGCGAUCCCAGACUUUGUGAUCCGACUCUUGCGCGAUUGUCCACCAGAAGCAGCAGCAACCCGGAAGGAAUUACUCGUUGCAACUCGUCAUAUCUUGUCGAUUGACUUCAGACAGUCGUUUGUGCCAAAAAUCGACAUUCUGUUGAACGAAAAGGUUUUGGUGGGCACUGGUGUCACAUCACAUGAGACGCUUCGGCCCCUGGCCUACAGUAUGCUCGCAGAUCUGGUUCAUCAUGUCAGAGCCGAGUUGACGCCGACUCAGCUCGCCAAGACAGUCUACAUCUAUUCACGGAACUUGCACGACCAAAGCCUUGCCUCUAGUAUCCAGACCAUGUGCGCCAAACUUCUGUUGAAUCUGGUUGACUGUAUUGUCCGCAUCCCCAACGGCGAAGGCAAGAUUUUGUUGAUCAAGAUUCUGGACACCUUCACCAACAAGUUUGCGUCCCUGAACUUGGCUUUCACCGGCAUCUUGAAGCAGGCAGAACGGAAAAAGAACGGCGAUGAGACGUCUGAGGAUGACUUUGAUUUUGAGAAGGCACGGUCUAUUCACACUGCCUCAAGCUCAACCGAUAUCCCUGUGGAUCCCGCCAAAGAUGGGCGAUUCUUGUUCAAGAACCUGGUGGCAGGACUGAAGACUAUUCUCAUCAACCUCAAGAACUUGAACGAACCCAACACUGCCGGGAUGACGAAUGCGGUCGCCCGCGACUACGUCCAAGAGCAGUCGGAGAUAUUCACGCGUCUCUUCCAGGAGGGCUUGAAAUGCUUCGACUACUACACGCUCGACGGUAUUGACAAUCCCACAGCCGCACCAAAACCAGCAAACGACAAAUCAAAUCUGGAUGCCACGCCAACAGGCCGUCUCGGACCAACAUCAAAGGAGGAGAAGGAGACACUGGAGCAAUUUGCCUUAGUGUUCACGAUAGCCGACCCUGCUAUCUUCCAGGAAGUGUUCACGUCACAAAUGGGCUUUUUGUUCGACCAGACUCUCCUCAACAUCUCGCUCCUGCAGAUCCCUCAGUUCUUCCUCGCCAAUGAGAACGUGUCACAGAACUUUGCAGGAAUAUUGUUCCGAUUCCUGGUAGAUCGACUCGACAAACUCGGAGGCGAGGAUCAAAACUACUCCUCCGUCAUCCUCAGGCUGUUCAAGCUGGCGUUCAUGGCUGUCACUCUCUUCCCUGACGCCAACGAGAUCGUGCUCCAGCCCCACCUUGGCAACAUCAUCAUGAACUCGAUCAAGCUCUCGACCAAGGCCAAGGAACCUGUGAACUACUUUGUCCUUUUGCGGUCCCUAUUCAGGAGUAUCGGUGGAGGUCGGUUCGAGUUGCUCUACAACGAGGUCAAGCCCUUGCUUCAGGUGUUGCUCGAGGGACUCAACAGCCUUCUUGCCUUGGCCAACAAGCAACACAUGCGGGAACUCUUUGUCGAGCUUUGUUUGACAGUGCCCGUUCGCUUGAGUGUCUUGCUGCCCUACCUGAACUACCUCAUGAACCCUCUGGUGUUGGCUCUCCAAGCAAGCCCAGAACUCGUGAGUCAAGGUCUCCGGACGCUGGAGCUUUGUAUCGACAACCUGACACAGGAGUUCUUGGACCCCAUUAUGGCUCCCGUCAUUACCGAGUUGAUGAACGCCCUCUGGAAGCAUCUCAAGCCUCUCCCUUAUAGCCCAGUUCACAGCCAUGCUGCCAUGAGGAUCCUCGGCAAGCUCGGUGGCAGGAACCGCAGGAUGCUCAAAUACCCACCCAAGCUUCAGCAUCAUUCGCCUGCAGAUGUUGGUGUCGACAUCAAGAUCUAUUUCGACCCAACGCUGAAGCCCCACACCUUGCCUCUGGACCCCUCUUUAGCUCUCGCUGCUCAAACUCUGGAGGAUCCUAACGCUAACAUCUUUUACCGCGAGCAUGCCUACAAGUUCCUCAAGGGAUGUGUCCCUCUCCUCAUCGACACUUCGCCUGGACCUGAGAACCUGGAUGAGCAGAUCCAGACCCGCAUCACCAUCUUUUCGCCACAGGAGACCACGUCUCGGCUCAGCAUUGUUACCAACGCCAUGGAUGUUGACAAGGAGAGUGGAGAUCUUGGAAAGUUUGAGAACAGGCGACCCCAGGCACCUCGGUCGCCGCCCUCUUCCAAGAAGCUGGCACAGGAGCGUGCGCUGAAUCUCGUCUUAAGAUCGCUCUUCAUGGCGGCCUCGAUUGACGAGCUCAAGGACGACGCUUGGCCGUUCCUGCAGGGCCUUAUUCACCAUUUUGCACUCCUCCAGGUCGGUGAGGCUCUGGAUUUUAAGGAAUCCAAGUCCCUCACCUUUGACGUGCACCACAUCAAGGGCCAGCUCCACUUGGACACCAACAUCUUUGUGGACGCUGUCGUCGACAUCAUGACCUCGGAGAACCUUCCCCUUCGCAAGCUUGCCGAGUCAGCCCUUCAGCUGCUGCACGAAACCUGCGUCACGGUUACGUCAAGCAAAGAUGUCCUCUUCCAGCUCCCCGUCUUCCAUCUGUUUGCGACGCGCUUCUCCUCCAGCUGUUACAAGCAAGAGUGGUUCCGCAAGAGCGGCGGUUGCUUUGGUAUCUCAAUCAUGUGCUCCCAGCUGGAUAUGGGCGCCAAAUGGAUGCUGGAUCAUGAGCUCGAAUUUGUCAAGGCCCUGUUGUACAUCCUCAAGGACAUGUCGCCCGAACUUGCUACUGGCAAUGUUGAGGAUGCUACGCAGACUUUGUCGCACGUCCUCAAGGUCUGCAACCGCCCUGAAGACAAUGUCGAGUCGGGUGACCGCCAGCUCAAGUUCAACAGCCUGAUCGGCCUCUUGAUCUCCGAGCUCUCCAACUCCAAUAGCUCUGUGCGUGAGACGAUCCAGUCCUCUUUCCAAUUGCUGGCGGAUUUGACAGGAAACGACGUGACUGAGCUCCUCAAACCCGUCCGCGAGCGGCUUUUGUCACCCAUCUUUGCCAAGCCCCUGCGAGCCCUUCCCUUUGCCAUGCAAAUCGGACACAUUGACGCAAUCACGUUCUGCCUGUCUCUCCGACCACCCUUCUUGGACUUUAACGAUGAGCUUGUCCGUCUCUUGCACGAAGCGCUGGCGCUCGCCGAUGCAGAGGACCAGGCUUUGGUUCCACGGACUUCCCAGUACAAGAAUGCGUCUUCGCUCAUCAACUUGCGCAUUGUUUGCAUCAAACUACUUUCCGCUGCCAUGGCUUGCAACGACUUUUGCUCGCCCAAACAGAGCACCACCCGCCAGCGCAUUAUCUCGGUGUUCUUCAAGUCUCUUUACAGCAAGUCUUCCGAGGUCGUUGAGGUUGCCAACAAGGGUUUGACGCAAGUCCUGGCACAGCAGCACAAGUUGCCCCGUGAUCUUCUUCAGGCAGGUCUUCGUCCUAUCCUUAUGAACCUUUCGGACUACAAGCGCCUUACUGUUGCCGGACUCGAGGGUUUGGCGCGUCUUUUGGAGCUCCUGACCAACUACUUCAAGGUCGAGAUCGGAAAGAAGCUGUUGGACCAUUUGCGCCAGUGGGCCGAGCCGACGAUGCUUCAGGAAUGUGCUGGCAAGCCCUUGAGCGAGAACCAGGAGAUUCGCAUCAUUGUCGGAAUUCUGAACGUUUUCUGUCUCUUGCCCCAGGCUGCCAAUGUUUUCUUGGAUGAAUUGGUGACCGUGGUGCUUGACAUGGAGGGGCACCUUCGCCGCUCGAUGUCCAGUCCCUUCAGGCAGUCCCUUCUCAAGUUCCUGAACCGUUACAGCGACGAGUCGGUCGACUACUUCUUGGACCGUCUCACCGAGGAGCGUCACAGCCGCCUGUUUGUGGAUCUCCUGUCGACCGAGUUUGCGGCUCCCCUACGCGCCGAGAUUGUUAGGAAUCCUGAGAAGCUGAUCAAGAAGACUUUUGCUGACGCGGAUGCUGCCGUCCAGCUCCACGGACUCACGAUUACCCGCGCGAUCUCCAAGUUCAACCCUGACUUUAUCCCCACCAACCGAUCUGUCCUCGACGCGCUUUUGACCAUGUGGCGCGCACCUGGCCGUUUGGAUCGUCUUCAGAGUGAGGACACAUUGUCUUUGGCGAGACUUCGCGAAUCCCAGUACCUGGUUGAGGCAUUCGUUCUCUACCUCGGUCAGAACAAGGAUGACGUCGAGGUCAUUUUCGAAAUGAUCAGCAUCUUUACUCAGGAGACGGUCAUCGACUUCAGUUUCCUCAAGAUGUUCUAUAUUGACGAGAUCGCUAUCAAGGCACCCGCUGCUAGGAAGAGGGCUAUCCUGGAGCACUUCCUCGUCAUGUUCCAGGACAGGGCCAUCCCCCAGGGCGUGAAGAUGCAGUCGCUCCGCGUCAUCAUCAACCCCAUGCUCCUGGUUGCCUUCACCCGCGGACCCUCGGAUUACCAGGCAGUGAUCGACCACGCUAUGAUCUCCGAGAUCCAUUCCAAGAUUUGGCAACCGCUGUUGAACGAGAACUCGGACGACAACCAGUACUCAGACGAUGCUCUGAGGAUUGAACUCCUCCAGAUGACUUCGCUCAUCCUCCAGUUCGCCUCGGACUUGAUCGCCGAUGCCCGCAAGGACAUCAUCAUCUUCGGCUGGAACUACCUCAAGAUCGACGAUAUCACAGGAAAACAGGCAGCCUACGUCCUAAUUGCUCGAUUCAUUGCCGCCUACGACACUCCAAGCAAGAUCAUCAUCCAGAUCUAUGUCGCCCUGCUGCGAGCCCAUCAAUCCGAGGCCCGAGCCUUGGUCAAGCAGGCUCUCGACAUUAUCGCUCCAGUUCUGCCCAAGCGCAUCGUCAUGACCGCCGAUUCGCCCAAGAACCCGACUUGGGCACGUUGGACACAGCGCGUCCUUGUAGAGGAUGGUCACAGCGGAUCCCAGCUGGUGAACGUUUACCAGCUCAUUGUCCGUCACCCCGACCUCUUCUACGAGAGCCGCGAGCACUUUUUGCCCCAGAUUGUCACGACUCUUUCCAAGUUGGGUCUGGUUCAGACAGCAGGAGUCGAGAGCAGGACAUUGACCAUCAACCUUGCCGAGCUGAUUUUGAAGUGGGAGCGCCGCCGCAUUGCAGAGCUCAAGUCUGCCAUGGACGUCGACACCCCGGAUGCCCCGGCUGUGACAACAACAACUACCGCGGCCGGAGGAUCAUACACACCCAACCUUGGAUUGCGUGAGAACGUCCUCAGCUUCUUGGUCCGAUUCGCCUGCGCUUUCCCUGAGCCUUUACAGAAGAAGGGAUUGCCUUACCGCGCGGCGGAGCUUUUGAAGGAGUUCUUGGGUCCUGAUUACUGGUCUGAGGUCAACAUCAAGCUGACGUUCUUUGAGCGCACACUGUUGCCCCCAGAGCUCACAGAGCUAAACCAGGUGGCCGCCUGCAACUCGUUGGAUGUCCUCCUUAUCCUUCUCAAGAACAGGCCGGGACACUGGUUCCUUGCCAACAUUUCUCAGCUCUACCGCCUUUUGGACAAGUGCCUCCUUUCCGAUAACCCAAGGAUCGUCAACAGUCUCCAGCCCAUCAUCGACUUGAUCUACAAGCACAUCUCGGCCUCGGUCGCCGCUUCGGCCACGCUUUCGUCCGAUGUCACUUCGUUCAUUGCCGCUGUCGACGCCAUCAUCACGGAUGGAUUGCACAACCUGACGAACCUCUUUUCGGUCCUCACCCUUAUUCAGUCCUCUUGCCAGUACCGCCAGGAUGCCAUUGAUGCCUUUGUCCCCGGCGUCAUGAAGGUUGUGAGCAAGCUGACCAAGGACCACGUUGCCCCUGCGCAGGCAGGUACCAGUCAGCCGAGCGGGCCAGACUCGCCAAGCAACCUACUCAUCUUGGCUUUGAGACUCAUCAAGUUGAGAAUCUCUCAUCUCGGAGACCAGCGCCGUUGGUACUUGACGUCGCUGAUCCAGCUUAUCGAAAAGUCGACGGAUGUCGAGCUGUCACGAGCUAUUCUCGACAUGGCGACCGAGUGGGUCACUGGCAAGACCGAAACUUUCCCGACAAUCAAAGAGAAGGCUAGUUUGAUGGUCAAGAUGAUGUGCCUCGAGAGCCGUGGCGACAAGAAGCUGGUCGAGGAUUUCUUGGAGCUGGUGGUCACCAUCUACAACGACCCCAGCUUUGCGCGAUCUGAGCUUACAGUCCGGCUCGAGCAGGCGUUCUUGAUGGGUACACGAAGCGACAACCCCAAGCUGAGAAAUCAGUUUGCCGAGAUUUUCGAUCGCAGCAUUGGACGGUCCUUGUACACUCGCCUGACCUAUGUCAUUGGUGGCCAGUCCUGGGAGUACCUCGGCGGUCAGUGUUGGCUCCAGCAAGCGCUCGACAUUUUGUUCGGUGUUGUGAUCAAGUCGAGAGUCCUGUCGUUGUCGUCUGAUGGCCUGCAGACUAAGCCCAUCCAGCGUGUUGGCGUUACAUUUGGUGAAAAUAAGGAGACCAGCGCGGUUGCGUCCUCGCCCGAGCUGACGGCCUUCUUGACGAAGCAUCGCGAGUUCUUGGCUCAGAUUAACCAAUUGAGCACCAACGACGUGAUUCUGCCACUCAAGCAACUCCAGCAUCUCGACGCGACUGUCACCCACCGCCUCUGGACCGACCUCUUCCCCCUCUACUGGUCCGCCACCACGACCAAGGAGAAGCAAGAGCUGACCAAGAUCCUGAUCCCAUUGCUUGCGAAGGAGUACCACAACAAGCAGAUGGAUGCUCGCCCCAACGUCAUCCAGGCCCUCAUGGAAGGUAUCUCUCGCUGCACGCCCGCCAUCCGCCUCCCUCCCCAUCUUGUCAAGUACCUUGGCAAGAAGUUCUGUGCCUGGCACAUUGCGACCAACCUCCUUCAGAACUCUGUUCCCGAUGGCAAGCCUAGUGAUCUCGGCGGAGCCAAGGAUGAGGAGAAGCUCCGCAACAGCACCUUGGAUGCGCUUGCUGAGCUUUAUGUUACCCUUGGAGAGGACGACAUGUUCUACGGACUGUGGAGACGCCGGUGCCUGUAUUCCGAGACUAAUGCCGCCAUCUCGUACGAGCAGAACGGCAUGUGGCAGCAGGCGCAGAUCAUGUAUGAGAGCGCUGUGAAUAAGGCAAGGACUGGCGCGCUUCAGUUUACCGAGUCGGAAUAUUCGCUCUGGGAGGACCACUGGAUUACCUGUACACAGAAGCUGCAGAGCUGGGAUAUCUUGACGGACCUAGCCAAACACGAGAACAAUACGGAGCUUCUACUGGAGUCGAACUGGCGCAUGUCGGACUGGACCGCUGACCGGGAGGCGAUGGAGCAGCUUGUGUACUCGAUCACUGAAGCACCCACUCCCCGACGACGCGUCUUUGAGGCCUUUUUGGCCCUUAUCAAGGCUAACCAGCCCCACACCCAGUCGACUGAGACCAGCCCCGCCGAGUUUGUCAAGCUAUGCGACGAGGGUGUCCAGCUUUCCCUCUGGAAAUGGCACACCUUACCGGAGAUCGUUUCGCAGACCCACGUCCCUCUCCUGCAGGUUUUCCAGCAGUUUGUGGAGUUGACAGAGGCGAACCAGAUUUACCAGAGUCUCGCCAACACGACGGCCCUCAACCUUGAGUCCAAGUCUCAGGACCUCAAGAGCACUUUGCAGACCUGGAGAGAGCGUUUGCCCAACACCUGGGAUGACAUCAACGUUUGGAGCGAUCUCGUUGCCUGGCGUCAGCACAUCUUCUCCGCCAUCAACAAGACCUACCUCCCUUUGAUCCACCAGCUCCCAUCAGUCACCCCAGGCGCAGGAGGAUCCAACUCGAACUCAUUUGCCUACCGCGGUUACCACGAGACCGCCUGGAUUAUCAACCGUUUCGCCCAUGUUGCUAGGAAGCACCAGCUUUCGGAGGUGUGCAUCAACCAGCUCACCAAGAUCUACACCUUGCCUAACAUCGAGAUUCAGGAGGCUUUCUUGAAGCUACGUGAGCAGGCCAAGUGUCACUUCCAGAACGAAGCCGAGCUGACGACGGGAUUGGAGGUCAUCAACAACACCAACCUGAUGUACUUUAGUCCUAACCAGAAGGCCGAGUUCUUCACGAUGAAGGGAAUGUUCCUCGCCAAGUUGUCACUCCACGACGAGGCGAACAUGGCGUUUGUGAGUGCUGUCCAGAUUGACCUGGGUCUUGCCAAGGCCUGGGCGGCAUGGGGCAACUACAACGACCAGCAGUUCAAGGAGAAGCCCAAGGAGAUCACGCUAGCCAGUCAUGCCGUCAGUUGUUACCUCCAGGCCGCGGGUAUCUACAAGAACUCCAAGUCCCGCAAGUAUCUUGUACGCAUCCAGUGGCUCAUGACCCAGGACGACAGCCAAGGAACCGUCUACCGUGCCUUCGAUGCCUUCAAGGGUGAGGUCCCUGUCUGGUACUGGAUCACUUUUAUUCCUCAGUUGUUGGCCUCUUUGACACAUCUGAAGGAGGCCAAGCAUGCCCGCCAUAUCCUCAUGAAGAUUGCGAAGACCUAUCCUCAGGCAUUGCAUUUCUCCCUGCGCACCUUGAAGGAGGAGUACACGUCGUUGAGAAAGGGACAGCAAGUUCAGCAGCAAGCCCAGCAGCAACAGCAGCAACCCGCUGCUCAGCAGGGAACCCCUGGUCAGGCUGGUACAGGCUCUGCGGCCAACACGCCUGCUACGCCCACCACACCCGCUGCAUCCUCGGUCAGCACCCCUACGACCCAGGCAGCUCCAACUGCGACCACGCCGACGACCCAGCCUGCGUCCGCGGCAGAAUCCAGCCCUUCUGCCGCCGUUACUCCUGUCGCCAGCGCUGCCAAUGGACCCCAAUCGCCUCAACCAGGAACUCCUAAUGGAACACCAGGACAACCCGCUCAGCCUCAGACUCCAAAGGAACAGACGCCUCAGGGACAGCAACCUGCAGCUGGCCAGCCAGCACAGCCAGCACAACAGGCUCAGCCGACGGCUCAGCAGCAAGCGCAACAACAGGCGGCUCAACAGCAAGCCCAGCAGCAGGCUCAGCAGCAGGCUCAGCAACAGCAGGCGCAACAGUUGAUUAUGCAAGCGCAGAACCAGGUUCAGGCCACCGCUCAGCUUCUCGCCAAGUCUCAGACACAGCUCCAACUCCACGUCCAAGCUCUCGCCCAUGCCCAGGCCACUUUGCAAGCGUUGGUCCAACAAUCACAGACCCCUGGACAGCAGACCCCAGCCCAGGCCCAAGCGCAACAGCAGGCUCAGGCCCAGGUUCAGGCGCAGAUGCAGAUCCACGCUCAGACCCAACAACAGGUGCAGAAUCAGGCGCAGGCCCAUGGCUUGGCCCAAGCACGACUCGCCCAGAUCACGGCCCAGUUCCCUGCCGCUGCUCUCAACACUCCCGGAGUUUCGCAGAUUCGCAAACCAUGGGAGCAUGUGGACGACAUUAUGAACAUUCUGAAGACGGCCUUCCCACUUUUGGCUUUGUCUAUGGAGUCGAUGGUGGACCAGAUCCAGCAGCGUCUCAAGCCAUCCCCCGAGGAAGACAUGUACCGUCUCAUCGUCGCCCUCUUGACUGACAGCUUCCAGCAAUUGUUCCAGAGGUUGGUUCUCAGCAGUGAGAACGAGCAGCUGUCUGCUGUUACUGAAGCAAACUUGAACCGGUUCUCAGAGAACUUGUUCCAGCCUCAGGUCAAGGCUGCGUUUGUACAUGACUUUAUCACCAACAAGCCUACUCUCAGCCAGUUCGUGACGAGAUUGCAGCGCUGGAGAGAUAAGUUUGAGGACAUUCUGGACAACAAGCCUCGCCGUCAGCAGCUCGAGAAUUGGAGCCACUACUUGGCCGAGUUCCAGCACCAAAAGUUUGACGAUGUGGAGGUUCCUGGACAGUACUUGCUGUUGAAGGAUAAUAGCAACGACUUUGUCAGGAUCGACCGGUUCGAGUCUGAGGUCGAGUUGUUACGUGGACCAGUCAACUGCAGUCGACGAUUGACCAUUCGUGGACAUGACGGCAGCAUCCAUCCCUUCAUUGUGCAGCAGCCUGCCUCGCGUCAAGGACGCCGCGAAGAGCGCGUCAUGCAACUCUUUAGAAUUCUUAACGGAAUUCUGGAGAGGAAGAAGGAAAGCAGGAAGCGUAACUUGUUCUUCCACCUCCCGCUUAUCAUCCCAUUGGCGCCGCAGAUUCGCAUCCUUCAGGACGAUCCUUCGUACGCGUCGUUGCAUGGCAUUUACGAGGAGCACUGCAACAUGAUUGGCAUCCACAAGGACGACCCGAUCAUGUACUACACCGCCAAGAUCAAGGCCGGAUUGGAUAUGAAGAAGCAGACGGACAUGCUGAACCUGAAGAUGGAGAUUGCGGACGAGAUUGCAUCCAAGAUGAUUCCGGACACGAUCCUCACGGACUUUAUGACUCGCAAUAUGAAGACGUACACGGAUCUCUGGAUGAUCAGAAAGCAGUUUACGACUCAGAUGGCGUCUGUUACUUUCUUGACGUACAUUAUGAGUAUUGGUCAUCGCUUCCCGACCAAGUGGUUCAUCUCCUUGCAGACCGGAAACGUCUGGACCUCUGACAUGCUUCCAGUGUUCUCGCCGUCGACAACGACGUUCUCGAACUCGGAGCCCGUGCCGUUCAGAUUCACGCCCAACAUCCAGCAUUUUAUUACACCAACGGGCGUUGAGGGUGUGUUUACGAGCGCAUUGAUGUCGAUUGCACGUUGCCUAACCGAGCCCGAGUUUGAGUUUGAUCAAUACUUGGGCAUCUUUAUCCGUGACGAGCUGGUGAGCUGGUUCGCCAACGGCAUGAAGCCCCUGAACGAGCAGAGCCUGGGCGAGCGUGUGACAUCAACAGUGGAUCAGGUCCAGAGGAGAACUGCGUUGUUGUCGUGCAAGCCUGAGCGAGAGAAGAGUCGUAACAACAAUAUCCCUGCGAACCAGACCCUCCUGGAUUUGAUUUCGCAGGCUUCCAACCCGCUCAAGUAUGCGCAGAUGGACUGCUCUUGGCUCCAGUGGUUGUAA